AUGGGUGCUCUUAAAACGUAUAUUACUACAAGCAUUCUCACAGAACCUCCCACGCUGAGGUGGUUGUCGACUGCCACAGACUUGCUUAUUGCAGGCAGACAUGGGCUCCGUUCAAGGGAGGUACUCACGUACGAAGAGCACGCUCUAGUGAAACAGCGUUGUCGAGAGAUGGAGAUCCAGCUGCGUUUACUUCAAGACCUCGCCAAUGAGCGCCAGAGGGGCACGCAAGUGAGCCAGGAGCUGGCUAGCCUGCAAACAUGGGAGACGAUGCGUGUAGUACCCUUCCUUGCCACGCAUGCCGACAUGGGUGGGACCCUAAACGAAGCUGUGGACUUCCUCGAAGCGCACAAGGUGUUCGCGGAUGAGGUUGUGGUAAGUUCAAAGCUUGACGAUUCGUUGAUAGCCAAAUGA